CGGACUGCAAGUGAAAAUUGUUAGUGCGUUUAAAAAGUGUUAAUAAGUGAAUUAAAAUGUAAUAAAAAGUGAUCAUAGGAUUGUGUUUAUAAACCUAAUCAAUAUAUUUUGGUUUAAUGGCCAAAAUCCAAAUAGGGCUCCGCUGGCCAAGUGAAAAUGUGUGUGUGCGCAUCUACAUCUAUUCUUUUAUGUAUGUACAUAUGUACAUAUAUAUGUAUAUUUGUAUGAUGUAUGCACAAGCAUAGCCGAAAUAUGCAAACCUAUCUGGAAUACACUCGGAGAAAAAGGUAAAACACCCAAUAUGGAAUUGGGGCUCUGUGGAACAAGUGAAAUAUGUAUGUGAAAUAUAUGCAAAGAAAAUUGAAAUGGAAAUGGAAAAACGAAUGCAAUGCUCAACAAUCAAAUAGCUUCAAUAACAACAUAAAAUAAUAUGGAAAAUUGCGUCAUGUGGCAGCCAUGAGGUGGCAGCGUUUUAAUCGCUGCCAGCAGCUGUUAUUAUGCCCGGCCACUUGUUGCAGGCAUUCAUGAUGCAACAACAACAACGGCUGCAGGCGCAACAGUCAGCGGCGCAACGAACUCGACUCAAGUCUUUGGCUUGCUUUGACCACAAGAAACACUCAUACGCCAUGUGGCCGCUAGGCGAUCGGUGGAUGUUGCAUGAAAAGCAGCCAACAAUAAUAAUAAUAAUAAUAACAAAAACAACAACAGCAGCAGCAGCAACGGGCGCCACUUUGGCCCACGGCCAAGGCUAAGGCUAAGGCUAGUGCUAUAGCCACACAGCACCAUUAUUAUUGCCAACAUCAACAGCAAGGACAAGCAGCAGCAGCAACAAUAUAUUGAUAGAAACAACAACAACUACAAGAAGAAGAAGAAGAAGAAGAAGAAUUACAACAACAACAACUACGACUACAACGUUAACAGCCUGAACUGAAACAUCAAGAAAAGUUGAAGAAUUCCGUUGAACUCGCAGGAAACAAAAGCAGCAAGAAAAUGUCUGAGUCACGCCGUCAGUCGGUGAGCUCCAGGGCUAUGCCGCCGGGCGUUCUGGUCAACGAUAGCCGGGCAAACUCCACCGAUGACAUCCAGAUCGCCUUGGCCCCCCACAUUCAGACCUACCUGAGCCAGACCGGUCGGCGGCACUCCUGCUGCAGCGUCAUGUUGCCGGUGGCCUUUGAGCGGGCAGCGGCCAAGUCCUGGCUAGAUCCCAAGUUCGAUUCACCAGUCCUGGAGGAGCAAUAUCAGGCCAGCGUCUUUCCACAUGUCCGAAUGCGGUACAGGUUCACCCUCUCGUACAUUCUGCUCUGCUCGCUGGUGUGGUGCCUGUACUUCGUUGUGGAUGGCGGAUCGGAGGACUUCUGGCGACCCAUCUCCAGUUCCUUUUCCAUGCUCUCACUAGUCACGAUCAUGGCCAUGUGCUUUACGCACUGGGACCUGUACAGGGAGCACCGAACAGUGACAUCGGCAGUGACAGCGUUGAUGCUCUGCGGCGCCUCCUUGGCCUUCCUAACGUACACGGGUCGAGCGUUCAGUCCGUUGGGGCACUUUGCCAUCUGCCUGGAGAUUGUCCUACUGAUAUACACAGCCCUACCCAUGCCCCUGUGGCUGGGGGCCAGCACUGCUAUCAGUUACUCGAUUGCCUUCGAGAUGGUCUCGCACAUGGUGAUCGGAUGCAGUGCCAUUCAUGGUGGAGCCAUGCACAGUGUUGGAGGUGGUGGGAGUGGGGAUGGAGUAUCUGGGAUAGAGACCAAUGGUGAUCCCAGCAAUAAGAUACUGAUCCUGAGGAUAAUGGCCCACCUGAGUGUCCAUUUGGUUGGGGUGCAUGUGCUGAUCAUGAAUCUGGUAAGGAUGCGCGGGACCUUCAUGAAGGUGGGCCAGAAUCUGCUUGUACGCCGCCAACUGGAGAUGGAGAAGCAGCUGAAGGAGAAGAUGAUACACUCGGUGAUGCCACCGAAAGUGGCGGAUAUGCUGCUAAAUGAAGGUGGUACCUCUGGUCUCGAUUCCGGUGGAUUGCCACCCGAAUCACAUUAUAUGCGACCCAGAGCCUCCAACGAUGUGAAGUCCCUGUUCCGGCCAUUUCACAUGCACAGCAUGGAGAAUGUGAGCAUCCUGUUUGCCGACAUCGUUGGCUUCACCCGUAUGUCCUCCACAAAGACGGCCGAACAGCUGGUGGAGAUCCUCAACGAUCUCUUCGAGCGUUUCGAUGAUCUCUGCUCGCUGAGUGGCUGCGAGAAGAUCUCCACACUGGGGGAUUGCUAUUACUGUGUGUCCGGCUGUCCAGAGCCCAGGGCAGAUCAUGCCAUUUGCUGUGUGGAAAUGGGUCUGGGCAUGAUCGAUGCCAUGCGCUGCUUCGAUGCCCAAAGGCACGAGGGCGUCAAGAUGCGAGUGGGCGUCCACACGGGGACGGUACUCUGCGGCAUCGUGGGCACGCGUCGGGUCAAGUUCGAUGUGUGGAGCAACGAUGUCAGUCUGGCUAACAAAAUGGAAUCCUCGGGCAAACCGGAGCAGGUGCACAUCUCGCAGGAGACUUCCAGCUUUCUGGGCGAUGCCUACUACUUGGAGGAGGGCGAGGAGGUGUUCGGUCAUCGGACUUACUUCGUGGUCGGACGUCGUCGUGACUUCACCCGCACCAACAGCCUAAGUCCCAGCAUGCCGGCGAAUGCUGCUGGCAGUUCCCUGCUCCUGCCCGGCGCCCAUGGCACUUCACUCUCGCAGAGUGCCACCAAUGUGUCGGCAGUCCAACCGAAUGUACCGCCAGCCUCGCCGGUUGGUCAACUGUCCAGCUCGCUGAAUCCCUCGCCGGUACUCUCGAUGCGACCGCGUCUCACCUCGCUGAGCAUGAAGCUGCGCAAGAAGUCGCAGAGUCGGGAACGGGAUGUGGAACGUGGCAUCAUCCAUCCGGCGGCGGCGGGCGUUCCACCAGUGAUUGUAGUGCGAGAGCGGCCAAAGAUCAUCAUCACCACCAAAUCCCUGCCAGGCAGUCUGGAUUCUGAUGAACAACCGGCUGUUAGUCCACCGCUGCCACCCGUAAAUCCUCCAGCUACCGAAACGCGUUCCAAGAUCAAGCUAAAAGUCUGGAAGGUGCCCAGAUUUCUCAGGCGAUUCGAGGAUUUGGCCAGCAGGAACAGCGGCGGUAGCAGCAGCUCAACCACCGCCCACCAGGAGAAGGAAAGGGAACGGGAGAAGGAGAAGGAGGAGCUGCAUCAGCAGAAUCAACUGAAUCCCGAAGAGACCCUGGCCUUCAUGGACAACCAAAUGCAGAAUGGCAACGGCUGUGGCUAUCAGCAGCUGCCCGUUCUGGUGGAGUCCAACCAUCGCACCCAGACAUUGGACAUACCACCAGCUCGACCAGUUCUCCAUCAUGCAGCCACAUCCACGGCGUUGGCCAGCAGCGUGCUGCGAUCGCCGGAGGCGGGUGUCAGUGGUGGUUGCUGUUCCCCUGGCCAGUACUCCAUGUACGAUGACAUCAUCGAUGUGCGAUCCUAUAUCAGUCAGUCGAGGAGCGAUAUAUCCCCCUUUGGCCGAUCGGGAAGCUAUCGUUCGCAGUGUGGGAGACAGUCAACGGGAGGAGGUAACGGAGCAGCCGGAGGAGGAGCUGGUACCUCCCAGGCAGCACCCGCAGUAGAGCAAUCGCCACUUCCCCGGCCACGAGCCUCAACAUUGGCCACCGGCAGACCCACACCGAAUAGCCUGGAACCGGGCACUUCAUCCACUAGUCCCUGCUGUUUGCCAGCACCCGGAAACUCUGGUGGUGGCAUUUUCCCCCCACAACACUCCCGCCAGUCAAGCAUAUGCCCAUCGGCCACAUCUCGCAAGGAUUCCGGGAUCAAGAGCAACUCACGAAGAUCCUCCAUCCAGCAACAGAUCUAUGCCCUCAACCAGUCGGCGAUAAGUCAGCAUAGAGUUUCGGGAUAUUUCACCAGCUCCACGUCCAGUAUCUCAAAUUUGGGAGAAGUCCAAGGAUUGGGGCUACCACUGGCCGUACAACCACCGCCGCCACUCUUGAUGCCCGCCUGCUCCUCACAAAUGGCCGAUCCUCUGGCCGCCUGUCUGCAGCAGCUGCGGAAGCAAUCGGAUCUCCAGCUUAUCCGCUGCGUUCGGGAUAAUGCCAGAUCGCAGAGGAGCUAUCUGGUGAAGCCACCAUUGAGAAAAUUCAGUUUAUACUUCCAGUCGCGGCAGUUGGAAAGAGAUUUCCGGUCCAAGGCCCAUCGAUUUGGGGCUGAGAAUGAAACAGAAGGACCACCGACAUUGGCCACGCCGCGCUAUAAUACCUAUAUAGAUAUAUUCGUGGGCAUAGCGGUGUAUCUGUGCAUCUCGGUGUCACUGUUCCUGAUGACCCAGAACACGGUGACGCCAAGCUUUCGCCUGUGGGUUACCCUCUUCUCCUGCUUCACUGGCAUCCAAGUCUUUGCCCUCUUCCUGUUCACCCGUCAGAUGUGUCGCCGUCAGAGCGGCAGCAACAACGUUAGCAAUCGUUUCAGAUCCAAGUCGACGACCAGUGAGGAUUUGGAACGAGAAGACCGAGAACGAACACCAUCGGCCAGAGGACCACACUUUGAGUCAUGUGCCGAUCGAAUCUUUGAGGCCAUAUCCAGUUGGUAUCCCUGGCAUAUAUGCCUGGCCGUUCUGAUGGCUAUGCCCGUGCUGCUGAUUAUAGCCAACUUCCUGCUGUUGGAUUUGGAGCAACUGGAGGCCUUUGAGUAUCACUAUGGCUUCCUGAUCUUCGUGUGCAUCGUUCACUUCUGUAAUUUCACCCAACUUAAUUGCUGGGUAAGAAAUGUUUUGGCCUUCCUGGCAGCCCUCUGCUUCAUCGGCAUCGCAGUGUCCCAGUUGAUGGUGUACAGUCAUAAUCGAAGUGAUCAGCAGGAUCAGGAGGCAUCGAAUUUUAUACAGGAGAUCAAAUGGUUCCAGGACUAUCAUGUGGAAAUCUAUCUGGAUCUGCUGCUUAUCCUGGUCUUGGUUUGGUUCCUCAAUCGAGAAUUUGAGAUUGGCUAUCGGUUGACCUUCUAUGGCAAUGCUGUGGCCAAUCAGGAUAAGGUCAGGGUGCAGAACAUGAAGAACCAAGCGGACAUGCUGCUCCAUAACAUUAUACCCAAGCAUGUGGCUGAGCAUCUGAAGAAUACGGCCAAGUAUUCGGAGAAUCAUCAUAAUAUAGCCAUUAUCUUUGCCUCCAUUGUCAACUUCAAUGAGAUGUACGACGAAAGCUAUCUGGGUGGCAAGGAGUUCCUGCGCGUCCUCAACGAGCUGAUCGGUGACUUUGAUGAGCUGCUGUCGCGACCCGAGUUCCGAUCUGUGGAGAAGAUCAAGACGAUUGGUUCGACAUUUAUGGCGGCUAGUGGAUUGGAUCCAUCGCAUCGGGGCACUGGGGAUGAGCAUAUACACACCCUGAUGGAGUUCUCGAUUGCCAUGCAAGAGGUGGUGGAUGCAUUUAAUAAGGAUCUGCUGGAAUUCAAUCUCAUCCUGAGGAUUGGCAUGAAUAUUGGCGAUGUGACAGCGGGUGUGAUUGGUACGAGUAAGCUGUACUAUGAUAUCUGGGGCGAUGCUGUUAAUGUGGCCUCCAGAAUGGACUCCACUGGCCUGCCCAAUCGGAUUCAAGUGGGCAAAGAUUGUCUGCCCUUCCUAACCAAUCGCUAUGAGUUCGAGCCACGUGGCAGUGUCUAUGUGAAGGGCAAGGAUCAUAUGGAAGUGUUUCUGUAUACGGGUCGCAGGGAGAAGCCAUUGGACACGCCAGAUGAGGAUGCUGAUAAGCUGGGGCAAUUGGAAACCAAAAAUCAAGAGUAUGUGGAACAGGAUGAAGAUGAUGAUGGUGAGGAGGAGGAAGAGGAGGAGGAGGAUGAGGAUGAGGACGAGGAUGACUUGCACUCCAGUGAGACCACAACGCUCUUCAAGUCACAGGAAUCGCUGCAGGCGAACGGUGGCAGCCACUUGACACCCAUUGCCACCAUUAGCUUGACUGCUGGCAACAACCAUAACAACAACAACAUAGGCAGCAGUAACAGCAGCAGCAGCACAACAGCAGCAACAACAACAACGACGACGACGGCAGCAACAACAAACAACAACUCAAUGCCAGUGGAAACUUAGGAAAAUUGCCACAGGAGUGGCAAGUUGAGAGGGGGGAUGGGGGUUACGGAAGAGGGAGAGUGAAGCACUUGAAAAAUGGUUUCAAAAUUGCAUUUAAUGACUCUAACAGUUA